GGGGGUAACUGGAAACUGGAGUUAGGGUGUAAUUAAUAUUAGUGGUUAGUGUUAUGAUGUGAUGGACGAAGGGAGAAUACUGCCCCCCUCCAGUGGAAGAGCCUCAGCCUGUUUCCCCUGGUCAAAUGAUACUCCAGCUGAGCUCUGGCACAGCACUCCUGUUAAAAAGAAUAAUGGUUGUCCGUCACUGGAUGUGAGCCAACUCUCUGUCCUAACCAGCCUCAAGAUGGACAGCAGAGCAAAACAGUGGGCCAAAAGUUCACCUCCCAUCCCAGCAGACACCCUCUGCCCCCCCAGCCCGCAGGACCCCGAGUUUCCUGUGAGUGACCUGAGUGGCUCCACCAUCCAGAGGCAGAGGAGGGAGCUCCAGCUGCUGAUGGCUGAGCUGAAGGACCGGGACAGGGAGCUGAACACCAUGGCCGCCUCCCAUCAUAAGCAGCUUCACGCCUGGGAACAAGACCGCCAGAGGGUGCUCGCCUUGGAGCAACGGUGUGCCCGUUUGGAUGAUGAGUUGCAGAAGCGCAACGAGGUGAUCAGAGUCCUGACUAAACGUGUGUGGGUGGUGGAAACCAGGGAGGAGGAGGUCCAAAAGGAGCUCAGCGUAGCCCGACAGCAACUCUGUGAGCUCGAACAGAAACAGCAGAGCAUCAGCGAAAAAUGUGAAGACUUUGAGGAGAAGAACCAGAGUCUUAACUCCACGGUCAUGGCUCUGUCCACUCAAGUCGGCUCUCUGCAGGUCAGGGAGGAAGAACUGAGCUCCAUGCUCAAACUCAAGGACAAAGACGUGACUGACGCCUCUGGUCACAUAGUCGACCUCACAGGGCGCCUACGGGAUCUGGAGACAUCGCUAACGGAGAGUCACGCACGGGAAAACAAACUCCUGAGAGACGUAGAGGAAAGUAAACGUCGCUACAGAGACGCCAAGCAUGAGAUCACACACCUUAAAGAGGAGCUGCAGCAGCAGGUGACACAGAGCAGCACUCAGAGAGAGGAGAUCAUCCGUCUCAAACAGGAGCUCCAGCUCCUUCGCAGAGAUCUGGUCCUGUCAGGAGAGGGAGACAGCUGGAAGGACGAGCUGCUGGAGCUGGCUCGCUCCAAACAGGAACGCACCAUGUCAGAGCUCCGCUGCAUACGACAGGUGUGUGAGAAUCAGCGUAAUGACCUGCAGCUUUUGCAGCUGAACCUGGAAAGUGCCCGUGAAAGCCUGAGAGAGAAGACCAGUCAGGGAUUACCUGGCAGUCAGGAUGAGUUACGAUGUGGCUGUCUGGACAACCGAUCACCUUCAUCACUCAGAGUGAAGAACUCAAGAUCUUUACGUGAAACUCUACCAGCCAAUCUGCAAGUGUCAGCCAGCGGUGAUCUGGGAGUCUUCUCAGCACACUUAAUGGAUCAGGGUGAUGAUCCUCUGUCCAGCUGUUCUCUGCAGCAGCUGUUAGAGGAGUCCCGGCAGGUCGCCGUGUCAGAGCACAGCGGCUCCGGUACGAGCUGUGGGACCACUGACCCCCUUUACUCUCAUAAGUGCCACACAUCCCACCACCACCACCACCACCACCCCCCGACGUACAAGGCCGGUGAAACUCCACCCAAAGCCUGCCCUCGACACAGUGCCAGUCAGUCAUGUGGAUGAGUUUGCAUUAACUGAAGCACAGAUUCUUUUCUUUUAUUAUUGGACACUUUACAUUUACCAAAGUUUUCUACAUCAGUGUUACUACAGAACUUGAAGCAGCAGCUAAAGAUUAAACUCAACUGUCUCUCAGGAAAAUAACGAAGUGAUAAAAAUACAGACUGUGAUGAAUUUGUAAAAACCUUUUUAUACAAUUAAUCUUGUUUUUACUCUGUAUAUUUCUACAUAUAUACAUAUUUUUUUGGGAGGCUUGCACCAGAGAUUAAUACUGUGUUUUUUUUUAAACCCUGUGUGAGAUGUUUAAAGGCAGCAUUGUGUGGAGAGGGUGAGAUGUGGAACCAGUCCUACAGGCUGCUGAGUGGUGUGUCCUUGCAUUGUCUUUCCAGUUUCACUGCCUACACAUUUACCUGGUGACUCAGAAGAAAUGUCGAUAGCUGUUAAUAGUUUUAACUUUUAAUCUGUAAUUGGUCAUCGUGUCACGACUUUUGAUUAAAAAAAAAUACAUAUUUAUAUCCAAA